AUGUUCGCGCUGGCCAAGCCGUCCAUCUGGACAGCAGGAUCCACUGAGAACCUCCGCCAGCUCUCCGCUCAGCUUCAUGUUUUAUGCGGCAUGGAUCUUGAAUCAGCAUGGCCCAGUCCCGAUGAGAUGGCAUGCCCUCACAUCCUGGAGGAGCAAGGUGUGAAUCCGAACCUGUUUCCUCUCCGCUUCGUCCAUCCAUACGCCAGGUCGAGAGUCUACGACCUCCGUCGAUACACGGACGGAAACAUGUGGGGGCCAUUCAUGAACGAUGGCUCGCAGCAGACCGACUGGGAGAAAGUCCAAGCCAUCAUGAUUGUCCUCGCUUUUAACCUGCGCAUCUACACGGAACGGAGUCUUCGACCUCGACCAAGGGGUCUACAAACUUCCUCGGUCUCUCCCGCGGGAUCCUCUUCAUCCACCACAUCCCAGCCAUCCACAUCGUCGUCCGCUUCGACGUCAUCCUCGUCAGCGGCUUCAACACCAGCCCCACGUGCCUCGUCGAGCAAACACAGUGCCCAACUGUGGGACGAACCCUUCCAAGGCAUCGCAAAGGACAGCUUCGUGUCUCAAUCUUUGAGCGAUGUCGGUGGGCUCAUCCCCGUGACGCUCGCACCAGCACUUCAUCCGGAGCUAGACGCACUCGACCCUUAUGGCGUGACUGGCACGUGGACGCGGAUCGUCUGCUUCCUGGACUACAACGACCUGUAUACCUUCAAUUUCGAAACCGAGGAUAUCCCAUUGACACAGGAGCGCGACCCUAUCACGACGCGCGAGGCCUUCCGCCUGAUCCGGCUGCAGUUGAGAGUCACGGCCAUCGAGGAGCCGGGCGAAGACGACGGCAAGGACUUCCCUGUGGUUCAUUUCCAGGGCACUAGUAAGAGUACCUUCAUGGCGUGGGAUCCAAACGCCAACUCGAGAAUUCGAGGCACAGUCCGACAAACACGUGGCGGCGCGAUCCGCUGGACAACGUUUUCAAUUUUCCAUGGCGAAGAACGCUGGCGGUCCGAGGGCGUGCAGAUCGGCGGGCUACGGUCUGGCCGGGGCGUGCUGGGCAACUGGUUCGACAAAGACUACGACAUCCACGGGCCCGCGGGUCCGACGGCGUUCUGGAAAAUCAGCGACGAUAUCGUCGAGGAGAAACCGCAGACGUUCACCGCGGCGCACUGGAAUCAUGAUCUUGUGCAUAUCAUUAUUUCGAGCCAGUGA